AUGCAUUCACGCUCUAGCAUUCAUAGCAGUGUCGUUUUCGGACUGUCAGCUGCGGUCAUUGCAAGCGUGAUUUCUAACAUGACCAUGAGUCUUCCAUCAUGGAAACAUCCUCCUUCAAAUACAUCAGAAGUGGAAACAACAUUUACAUUGAUGGAACCGGUAUGUCAGUGCUCAUGUCCUCCACUUCAGGUAAGUUGGUAUGACGUUUUUCAAUUUCUGGGAAAGGAAUUUUCAGAGGUAGAUCCUCAAUGGGCCAUAAUCGCCGCUAGCUUGCUAGUAAUGUUAGCACAUAGACUUCGCCGAAAUUUCAAACCCGUAAUGCAGAAUAAUAGUACCAGCACUGAAACAGAUUUAUCUGACAGUUGUUUGGAUGAGAGCAAUAGCAACUCUGAUUUCACGCAGUAUGAGCUUCGCCAACGAGCCCUUUUACAGUUUCAGAAGAAUAAAUCUGAGCCGAUCAACUUCAAGUAUGGUUACAAGGAUAAUGAUGAUCUUGAUGAUUCCGAUAUAGAUGAAAAAAGUAUUGCUGAAAUAAUACGAAGAUACUCACUUAGAAAUCCUUCCCCCUCUGUGAGGGCUUCGAGCGAAGAUCCAACGGAUCGCACUUUGGAUACUAUGGACCAGGACAACACGACACUAUCACAUGCAUCGAAGCUUGCCUCCAAGAGUGAUCGUGUAUCUGGCACAUCUAUUUUCUCACGAGACGAGGACAUAUCUUGCAAAGUUGUAUCCAAGAGUUCUAACAGUUCGCUUACAAUACAUUUUCAACCAAGCUAUCCAAAGCCGAAGCUGAUGAAGGCAGAAUUAAAUCAGGAGCAGGUCUACUCCGAACCGUUUAUCUAUUGA